AUGCCCGAAUCGCCUGACUUGUAUAAAACCGCAGUUGGAUAUGCCAACGCCGCGUCUACGUCUCCUAUCCCUGCGUGGGCACUUUCAGGGUCACUUUUCUACCGUGCCUUGACCCUUCAGAAACCGGUGGACUCAAAGCUCGGCUCCGGCGGAUCCUUCGACUUUAGCAAAGCUGUGGCAGCAUCCAAGCCAAAUCGAAGCUCUUGCUUCCUCUUUGGCGGUGCAAGUGCCUUGGGUGGCUACAUCAUUUAUGAUGGUGAUGUUCCAAACGGUGCUGGCUUCUCCUUCGCGUGGUCAGCGUUGUAUCUAAUUGUUAACGGGCGCCCGGCCCUCAAGAGUCUAAUUCGUGGUCACGUCACUCCCUUAUCAUUGGCUGUUUUGGCAUUGGGUAAUGCUGGUCUUUACGGGAAGGAAUUUGUGUGGCCCUCUGAGUAA